AACUCACGGAUACUUUUUAACCUUCUCAUGGCAAACAAAAUGGCAUUUCUGGGUUUUUGAAUUGACUAAUUUACAGAUAAAAACUCAAAUUUAAUGGUGAAAUUCUCAAUAUUUAGAGAUGAGGGUGAUGAAGAAGACGACGAAGAAUUCAGCAUCCUCAGCCCCAAAAGGAGAAGAACUUACAACCCCCCUCAAUCCUCUUCCUCUAAUUCAGAUCAACAGCAGCGACAACAAUCAUCAGAAGAUGAAGCUGUUGAUUAUUCCGACUUUCCAGUUGGACACACCAAUUCGGGUGGGUCCAUUUCGGUGAUUUUAUCCGAUCCGGAUGUCUUGGAUUGCCCCAUUUGCUUCCACCCUUUGACUAUUCCUGUCUUUCAGUGUGACAAUGGGCAUAUAGCAUGCUCUUCAUGCUGUAUCAGCAUUUGUAAUAAAUGUCCCUCAUGCUGUGGGAAAAUUGGCAAUAACCGCUGUCGGGCAAUUGAGAAGGUUAUUGAAUCAGUUCAAGUAUCAUGCUCUUAUUUAAGGUACGGUUGCAGAGACAGUAUCAGUUAUUGUAAAAAACAUGAGCACGAGGAGAAGUGCAUCUACGCACCGUGUUCAUGCCCUUUUCCUGACUGUCUCUUCCGGGGUUCACCUAGAAGACUUUCAAGCCACAUGUGUAAAGAGCAUGUAGAUCUUGUGACUCGCUUCCGCUACAACUCUAUGUUCUCUGUAUCUCUUGGGAUGGAUGAAAAAAUCCUUGUUCUUCAGGAAGAGAAAGAUGGCAUUUUGUUCAUCCUGAGCCAGGGAAACUCAAUAGCAGUUAGAUGCGUUGAUCCAAGCGUCUCAAAUGGAAGAUUUGCAUAUGAUCUUGUAUCAAGCGGAGGCGGCACCUCUCUUAAAUUCCAAUCUUUCACACAUUGUACCACAGGACAGUUAAACGAUCCUCCACCUGUAGAUUAUUUUCUGAUCCCUGAUUACUUCUACCAAAGUGGUGGUUGCCUCAAGCUGGAAAUUUGCAUAUGGAGUAAAGAUGCCUCUCAUGCAGGCAUCACUUAAGCAGUUAUGGCCAUUUGACAGUAAAUGGAUGAAGCACAGUUCAGAAAUGCGAACAUGCUAAGGGUAAUGUUCUGUUUUGGUACUUUAUUCAAUUUGGCUCUCUUGAAAUUUUAGCUAAAUUCCAAGCAAGGCUAUCAUAGUGUGCAUGAAAUCAAGUUCACUUUGUCUUUGUGAAAACCUACCAAGAGUACCAACUGUUCCCUCCAGAAAAAGGGCUUUAACCAAUCAUAAAUUCAUAAUGUUAGAAUUUUGGUCUACCCCUUUCUUGCUGAUACUAAAUAAGUGUUACCUUUUCAUUUUGAUGUGUCUCGCUGUGUGUUUCUGUUUUUUGCAUUAAAUACAUGCAUGCUAUUAAUAUAAUGCCCAGGUUUUCUGUGUUUUACAUGCAUUACCUUGUGAAUUUUGACAUGCUUCAGACAAUUUGACACAAUGUAGCCGUGCACUUCCUCAUCAUGAAGUAUAAAUUUUGACUUUGAACUGAGAGAAGGUUUAUUAAACGCUGCUUGUACCCUUAUCUUGAAAAAAAAUCAAGAUAUUAGAAAUGGGAAUUCAUUAUCAUUUUGCAUUCAUGCCUGUAAGCCACAGUUCUCUGCGUUGGCUACCCCGCAUAUUGUUUCCUUGGUAAAUUAGUUAGAAUACAAUUGAUUUUAAACCCUGAAACCAACUUUAGCUUAGGUUGAGUGAGAUUUACCUGAAACUUUACUUGUGCUAGUUAUAUGGUCUGUCUUACAUAGCUGAAGUGUCAAAUAUGUAUGAUGAUUCUUGGUUUGUUUUUGCCCCCACUGGUUAGUCUUAAAGAAGUUUACAUGCUGUACUUUUCUAGAGCAUAAGCACUUAAAACCUUAAGACGAUGCACUCUAAAUGUUUUUGGCAAAAGAUAGUGAACUUGAUUUCAUGCUGUUUAAAGCCUCAAGUUGGGGCUCAUUUUGGGAAGGUGGUGGUGAUACUUGCUUGGCAGUUUGGCGCAAAAUUUUCAAGUGUUGAAGCUUUCAGAACAACUCCCUGUCGGCCUCUGGUGGAUUUUUCUAAUGUGUGUUGGGGUGUAUGGCAAGGAUAUGUAAAUAGGUUUUGUAAAUAUGUAAGUUGAUCAAUGGAGAGACAUUAUGCUUGCCUCUUAUGUUCAUAUGUUGUAAUAAGUGUACUUGGGAUUUUAUUUUUUUUGAAAGGAAGUGUACUUGGGAAUUAAAGACAUGUACUGUAUGUUUUAUAGUUUGAACUGAAGAAUGGUCUGCAACUUUUUAUUUUUA